AUGAUAAGCCAUUGUUCCCAUGGUAGAUGGCUUGUGUCUGUUACACUUCGCACUAUCUCAUUCACUGCUGUGGCCCUCAUAAAUCAGUUGCUCGUAGCUUGGAUACGUCGGCGAUUUUGCCCCAUUGUUACAACAGCAUGUGUUCCGAUCAUGCAGCACACAUACACACACACACAACACACAACAGCAGGAUCACGCGCUUCGUCAUUGCGUUUUUUCACGCCCAUUUCCGAUGUAGGAAACAUCGCAGUUUGGAGAGCGGCAUCACCUGUAUUGGGAGCGCUACCAGCAGCUCCUACUCUUUCUGCGGUAGUGCAACCACCGCCUCCACCACCACCACCACAACUGCAUGGUCCUACUCGAAAACGUCCUGCACCUCCGCCACCACAGCCUGAAUGCCCCGUCGCGUUGCGUCCGAUUGCUUCAUGUCCAACAUUGUCGUCGCAAUUCAUGCCUCAUUGGACGUGGUUAAUGCCGGGAUUGAUGCGACCACCGUCGCCCACACUCCCAGCACCACCGUCUCUUGAGACUACAACGACAAAUCGGCAAGAACAUGAGCCGACAAAAUGGAGUAAUCCGUCCAGCGUGGAAAGUAAUGGGCUAAAGACCGACAGUACUGCCGGACGUAAAAGUCCCGAAAAUGAAGUGUUUGUCCUACUACUUAAUGUCGGAAAUAUUGCACCAAUUGCUGCAUCCUUACCCAUCGGACAUGUUCAUUCCAUUACUACUCCUGAACGCAAGCACAGGAAUGAUGACUACGUAAAACUAAUACGUGAACAAGAUCUCAGUGAAGAACGAAUUAGUGCUAUUCCUAUUCCUGUGCCGCAGGCGUUAAGCCUCGACCCGAAUUUUCGGGCAGUGUCCGAGCAGCAAGUGGUGCAGCAGGUGGUUCAGAAUAAACGAUUUGAGGAGGUAGAUGUGCGUGAGUCGAUGACACAUCUUGUUUGGCUCAAAGCUAAUGGCAGAAACCACAGUGGCGGGAUUGAAUCAUUCAACAUUCCCGAAUUUGCCCAUCGAAGGCAUCAUGUAUAUACAGCGUAUGAUGUUUGCCGCAAAGUAUUGGGCGAUCGGUUUUCGAGUGAUGAUGAUUUCUGGGAGAGCUUAAGGGAUUCGAUGCGCAAGUUGGCGGCGCGAUGUCGUCGCGUACGUCAUGCGAAGAAGACGAAGAGCUCGCGCGAAGAAGGUGUACUGUUGUCGAGCGAACGAACUUCUUCUUGGCCUGAAGGCAGCGUAGCGCAGACUUUGCAAAGUUUGAAUCUGCCAACCGAGAAAUCAACGCACACUGUCCAGACAAUGCCAAUCGGCUCGGAUCGCAAGAAAAUUCCUGAAAUAAGCGAGACAAAACUGGCAGAAACACUUCAGAGCGGAUUGCAUGCUUUGGCCAAUGCCACUCUCGUCAACCAG